ACCGGUCAACAGGACACGUUACAUGUAUCCAUGUUUUAUGGUGUAUCUAUGGUGUAUCUCAUAUAUCAGAGUCCAGGGGCCAAAACAGCAUUUUUUUAAUUCAAUGAGAUCGUGAAUCCACAACGCCAAUUUAGUGAAAUGUUGAAAAUUGUCUUCCUUCAUCCUGACUUGGGAAUUGGAGGGGCUGAACGCCUUGUGGUAGAUGCGGCACUAGCAUUGCAAUUGAAAGGCCACCAAGUUCAUAUAGUUACAUCUUACCAUGAUCCUGCUCAUUGCUUUCCCGAAACCAGAGAUGGAACUAUUCCCGUUACAAUCAGUGGCAAUUGGCUUCCUCGCAGCAUAUUUGGAAGAUUUCUUGCACUGUGUGCUUAUAUUCGGAUGUUAUGGGCUUCAUUCUACACCGUGUUCCUGAGUGAUAUGCAGCCACAAGUCUAUUUUUGUGAUCAGGUCUCAAUGUGCAUACCUGUAUUAAGAUUGUCCACAAGUAUUCCUGUCAUAUAUUAUUGUCACUUCCCAGAUCUUUUACUUGCCAGUCACAAAACAUGGAUUAAAAAGCUUUACAGAGCUCCUUUGGACUGGAUAGAGGAAAAGACCACUGGCCUAGCCACGGCAACUGUCGUCAACAGCCACUUUACAGCUGGCGUAUUCUGUGAUACUUUUAAAAGUAUUCGUCGGAGACCAAAAGUUCUUUAUCCAUCACUCAAUUUUCGAAGUUUUGAUCGAGAAUGUGGGAACAGUCUGAGUAGUGUCAUUGGCACCAAGCAAGUCAUGGACUUUGUUUUCCUCUCUAUAAACCGGUAUGAACGGAAAAAGAACCUUGGAUUGGCAAUUAAAGCAUUCGGUUUAUUGAAAUCUUUCCUAGGAGACGCAAAAAUUCAUCUGAUUAUGGUUGGAGGAUACGACUAUCGACUUGUUGAAAAUGUAGAGCAUUACGACGAAUUGCAAAAACUUACGUCAUCUUUGCAACUUGGUGAUUGUGUUACAUUCCUUCGGUCGCCGAGUGAUGAAACGAAAACUUGUUUGUUGAAGAACUGCCAUACAUUGUUGUACACGCCAGACAAGGAGCAUUUCGGUAUCGUCCCCUUGGAAGCCAUGUAUUGUCAACUUCCUGUCAUCGCCGUCAACAGUGGAGGACCGCUGGAAACAGUGGAGGACCACCGAACUGGUUACCUAUGUCAUCCGACAGUGGAAGAUUUUGCUGAAAAGAUGAAAUAUCUUUACGACAACCGAAAUCUAGCAACCAAAAUGGGAGAACGGGGCAGACAACGCGUAAUUGAGCACUUUUCCUUCAAUUCUUUUAGCCAGCAACUGAACGAGCUGGUGGGUGAACUUACUGCUUCGAGUACUUAAUGGUUAUUACACGACUAUAGAAGUUAA